UCCGCCAUAAUAAAUUAAUACAGUUAUAUGCUGUUUGCACCGUUGAGGAGCCCAUCUACAUUAUUACCGAAUUAAUGAAGCAUGGUUCUCUAUUGGAAUAUCUACAAGGUAAAGGACGUAGUCUUAAGAUGUCGACACUCAUAGAUAUGUCAGCACAAAUCGCUGCUGGUAUGGCAUAUUUGGAAUCACAGAACUAUAUUCAUAGAGAUCUGGCAGCACGUAAUGUACUGGUUGGCGAUAAUAAUAUUGUUAAAAUAGCUGAUUUCGGGUUGGCGCGGCUUAUUAAAGAAGACGAGUAUGAAGCACGAGUCGGUGCACGUUUCCCCAUUAAAUGGACAGCACCUGAGGCUGCUAACUACAGUAAAUUCUCCAUAAAAUCUGACGUUUGGAGUUUCGGUAUUCUUUUAACUGAAUUAGUAACAUACGGUCGAAUUCCAUAUCCAGGAAUGACAAAUGCUGAAGUAUUAACACAAGUUGAACAUGGAUAUCGUAUGCCCCAGCCACCGAAUUGUGAACCACGCCUCUAUGAGAUUAUGUUAGAAUGCUGGCACAAAGAUCCUAUGCGACGACCAACAUUCGAAACACUACAAUGGAAAUUAGAAGAUUUCUAUACAUCAGACCAGAGUGAUUAUAAAGAAGCGCAAGCCUACUGAUAAAUGCUUUAUGCUUCCAGCAACGCGUCAAGCAAUAGCAUCAGCAGCAAUUGCCACAACAACGGCAACAGCGGCAGCACCAGCAACAACAAUAAAAAACGUCAACGACAAUUGCAUAAACAAAAGCAUGUAGUAGAAGCAAUUAAAAAUCAAUCGGACAAAUAAAAAAAUUCAUAUAACAAUUUCCAUACAUUGAUAUAUACAUAUAUAACAAUAAAGUGCCGGUCACAUUUCUAUGUUAUCGGUAUGUUAAACAAAUAAGCAUACACAAAUACAAAA